UAUUAGUGACAAUUGUUGUGUUGUGAAUUUAUUCUUGGUAUGGUUGGAGGCUUUUAAAAUCGCUUGAAUGACACCGAGGGUUUCAAAGCAUUGGGGUUUGAAGAGGUGGAUUCAAGUAAAGUUAUGGCUCACCCUCACGACGUUACUUGGGACAUGACUGGUGUUGGACGUGCGAUACUCACGGAAAAGCAAGAAAUAACGACAUUCUUGCUAAAACCCGUCAAGGAUAAAAGACGGAUAAAGUAUACUUGCUUUGACGUUUCGCCAAACUACAUUGCUCUCGGAUCUACCAGCGGAGGAAUUUACUUAUUCACAAGAGAUACUUGUGUUUUCAAACAACUAAUACCACUCUCAAAUGGAGCUGUGACGCAUCUAUCAAUAUCACCAGACGAAAAGGUGAUAGCACUAUCAACCACAGAUGGAAAUGUUUGCAUUGUAGUUUUUCAACCCAAUGUCAAAGAAGCUAUAAUAUCUUCCAAAGCAGAACGAAAUGGCGAAUGCAUUACAACUCUUUGUUGGAACGAUAAUAGCACCGAAUUGUACCUUGGAGAUGCAAAUGGCACAAUUCAUGUUAUGGGUCUAUCAAUUUUUACUGUAAAAAGAGGAAUUUUUCAGGACCCUGCUUGUCCUAUUAUGGGCUUGGACUUCAAAAUCGUUCAAAUGGAUUUCUGCUCACCUCUUCUUCUUAUAUCAACAACAUCAAAUUGCUAUUUAUGCGAUACUAUUGAAGGAAAAUAUGAGAAAGUUGGACUACGAACAAGACAAGGUGAAUUUGGAGCCUGUUUCUUUCAGCCAUCCAUCAAAAAUGAUACAGAACUUUUUGGGAAUCUGCCCAAACACUCCAGCCUGAAUAAUACAGAAUUUAACAAAGCUGAGAAGGAUACGAGUGAUUUACAGUUUCCACGAAUCUUUUGUGCAAGACCAGGCUCUAGGCUGUGGGAGGCAAAUCCAAAUGGGAAAAUUGUAAAUACUCAUAAUUUCAAAGAGGCUCUAGCUAUUCCCCCAUGUGCUACGCACAAGUUGCUAGAUUCGAAACCAGCUUCUACAAAGUCAUCUCAAAAUAUUUGGCCACCGCAAUCUUUGAAAUUUUCACCAAUUCAUAUUGUCGCUAAUCAAUAUUUGUUUACAUACAAUUCGAAUGCCUUGUACAUUCUUGAUCCGUCCAAUUCAGUGGUUGUUUUAUGGACUAAUGAGUACACAGAUCUCAAAACAGCCAAUGUAGUGGGAAAUCACAUCUACCUCAUGACAAAUUCUGGAAAUUUCCAUUGCUUAGAGCUUACAUCACCUGAUUUACCCAUUUCGAAUAUUUCUCUGACAUCAAAGCCAAAUAUAUCGUCUAAAAAAUUAAAUCCUGGAAUCAUAGUUGUUAAUUCCAGGAUUUCCAGGCUCAAGAAUGACACAAAAAAUACGAUUAUACCUGAAAUUGAAAGACAAAUUGUGGCUUACACAGAUGUGCAUGAUAAAGUCAACGAAGAAAUUACUGAAUCUCAGGUACAAGUAUUGAAUGAACAGAAUCUCACAGACGACAAUCCGGAUACAAAGGAACCUACCAAAUAUUGUGAUGGCUUACUGUUGGACGUGGAUCAAAUUAAUAUUGAAAUAGAUCAACAUAACUGUACCUCACAGAAAAACAGCGAUACUGAAAGAUCGACGGCUCAGACUGAUAUGGGAAGUUCGUUUAAAGAUGAGAUUAGUAAUUUGAUUAGUGAUGCACAGACUAUUUACUCACUAACAAAUAGUAUAAGUAGCUCAAUGUCUGAUAAUGAAUUCGAAUCGAUUACUCUGGCCCUACAGAAAGUUGUCAAUAAUUUCUGGAAAUCAUAUGGAGAAUUAUCAAAGCCAGAGCCCAAUGUAUACGAAGCAAUUGAAACUGCUGAACAGUAUUAUAGAAAUAAUUUCUUAACAAAGCUAAACAAAAACAGAUUAAGUAAGACUCAGAAUGAAUGUGUGUUAAAUGAGGCGAUGAAGUCUUUUUUAACUAUCAAUGUGGUAGAUUAUAACAAAUGUGAAUGCGGUUUGCUGGUUCCUACUGAAGAAAUCGAAGAGCCAAAAUUUCUUGACAUAGGAAUCGCAAUUCUACAACGAUAUUCAAAAGAAAGCAAACCGACUUGCAUCAGUUUAUGUGAAAAGGUGCCUUACUUGUGGCGAGCUUAUGUUACUAUUUUCAAAUCGCAAGAGGAUCUUUCAGAUGAGAGAACCUUUGCUCAAUGUCUGCAAACGAGAAACGAACUUAUACUUUCGUAUAUAUUGCCUCCAUUAAAAAAGAAACAGUGGGAAUUUGCAAUAAAGGCCAUAAAUAGGCUAAAACUCGAUAAAUGUGUCUUCUGCAAUCGUCCAAUUAAGUCGACCGACAAACGGAAUACUUUAUCAAUAAAUUGGAACAACGUAGCCAACGAGAUAGGGAAUAGAGAAGGACCCGAUGCUGCUGUUAGUUUUUUAACAAGGAUGGUGAAACAUUUACCAUAUCUAUCACUAGACAAAAGUAUAUUUCAAUCCCUGAUUUUUUCGAAAAUAUUGAACAACCAUGGAUUCAAACAGCCUAUGGACUUUACCCGGAAAUUCAAUCAGGAUCCCUGUGAUAUGUACAGUUCGCUAUGUUGUCCAAAGAUUCAAGAUCAACUGAUACGUACCCUUGAGAAAGAUUUGAGACGACCAAUUGGUAAAGGGGUGUUUGGAACCCAUGCUCACCAUUGGGGAAUGUAUCACGAGCUGACGAAUUCAAUAUGCCCUUGCUGUACUUUGCCGUUACAAACACCAGUACUCCUGGACAAUGGCCUAUCAAUUUUCCCAUGUGGUCACACGUAUCACGUCAACUGCUUAAUACAGAAAAAACUUCUCAAAUGUAACUUGCACCAUUAACUGAUUUCACAUUGGAACUAAUUAAAUAAUUAUGUAAAACGUCGAAAUAUUUAACUUGAAAUCAGACUGACAGAACAUCCAAUUUAUAAUUGAGUGAGAACAUGAACGAAACAGAACGUGCUACAGCUAUUCAAUCAAUUGUAUGAAAAUUUUCGAGCCGAUUGUAUACGGAGGCUUUAUACGAACAAAUAUCUGUGUUAACAAUGUAUAUUAAAUAUUUUUAAAUAACAUAUUUAUUAUGAAUUAUACAACAAUACUUUAAUCACAGCCAGUUUUUUUUCUUUUCUAUUGUGUUGAGAUUUCAAAAAAGUGGAAAACAUUUAUUUGCUAAUCACCAAUCUGUUUAGACUUUGUCAAACUUAGAUUUACGAAAGGGAAAACAAGUUGAUACGCUGUAUAUCCAGAAAGAGAUAUUGAAGUAACUGAAAAUGUUCCUUUUUAUUCUGCUAUAUGGAAAAAAUUGCGUUACCUAUUUCAUCAGACGGCAGUGAUUCAGAUCAAUUACAGGUACGUCGAAUUUGAAUUUGGGGUAAGAUAUGUGCAGCUGAUGUAUACGUAACAAUAAAACAUCCGGGAAGAACUAUAUAUCGCGUUAGAUAAAAAUAAAAUGAAUAGAAAUGAAAUUGUAAUGAUAUUCCCUUUCGUGAAUUACAAUAAAUUUCUGAUUGUGACUAUGCAUGCGAAAUUAGCAUGAUAUUGCGCCUGGUAAACAUAAAAUAUUCUACAUAAUUGAUUGAUAAAAGACGAAUGAGUUAGUCGCUAUCGUCCAUACGGUAAGGAGACAAUUGAAAUUUUUCUUAUUAUAUGUAAGUUCUGAAACUUAUUUAAUAAUAAUAAGUUAAUAAUAACAAAGUUAAACACGAGGCUAAUGUAAUUGAAUUCAGUUCAAGAAGGGUAUAAUAGUGGAUCCUUCCCUUUUGUAACGUUAGAGUAUGAACCUGACUCUUUACUAGUCGUGUAAAAAUAUAGCUGCCGAUAUUUCGACAAUAUUCGAUCAUCAAAUCAUUUCUUAUCAUAUACUCGCACUCACCUUACAUCAUGUACAAUAUUUUGUAACGGAUACAUCUCUUGUUUUGCAAAUCAGUUUCGUAACAAAUUAGAAUAAAAACGAAAAUAAAAUCGGAAUGUUUUUUACCCUGUAUCCGAAACAGUUAGUUCUAAUGUUACAACUAGAAAUACUUUUAAAGCUACUAUCACAGAAGAAGGGCUAUUCGGAUCCUAUAAAACCUUUCAAUCCAAUAGCUUUGUGGAAUAUUCAAAACUCGUUGAGCUUUCAUUAUGAUUAGAGCUAAGUCAAAUAAUCUAUUUCGAUACUUAAAAUUAUAAUGAAAUUAUGUUGCCAAUGUUUUUCAAGAAUGAAUUUGUAAAUAAAAAUAACAUUCCUGUUUUUUUUUCUUCACACCUACGCUAAUCUACAUUUCGUAUAUCAUAAAGUUCACAGGGACUUCAAUAUUACCAGGAAUUUAGUUGGGUCUAGUCUUUAUAGGACUUAUAUUUGCCUUGCUGCCAAAAAAAUUAUGAGCUACGCUUUGUGAAUACUUUUCAAAGAUUCUAGGCAUUUACAGAAUACUGUUACUUCAGAAUGCGUGUUGAUGCAUUGUACCGAUGCCUUACAUCAAAAUAAACAUAGUUCAGUAGAAAGAAGAAAAAAAAAAUGAUAAUUGCCCAGCAUUAAUAGUGGCAUAAAUUUGAACUUUAGCAUUUACAUACAAUUAAUAACGACAUGUUAUUGUUAAUUAUUUUAUAUGGAACAUGGCUUGGAACAUGGUGUACGAUACUGGCAAUCUUUUUUUUCCAAGGAAUAUUCUAUAAUUUUUUGAUUUUCAUUUUUCCUGCUGAUUAUAUAGAGAAUAGUUCUAAACAUUAUUUAUCAUUUUUUGUUUUAUAAUUUUGUGGAGAAGUUGCCUAUUAAUAAUCAUAGUUUUGAAGUUCUGAAUAGUUUCUGUCAAUAAUCUAGGACUUAUUGAACAAGAUUUCAAGUCAAUUGUGAGAAAUAAUCUGUCAUUGAAGCUAGAA